UCAUACAAACUCACUCUUCUUAAUAAUUCUGCGACUCUUCACGUAUAAGAGGGUAGGAGGUAGUAGCUUUCUUAGACGCGGCCAUUUUCUCAUCAGUUACUCAGUCAUCGUUCGAUUAACUUUAGAAGCUGAAAUAACUCGAUUGAGUAGGGUAUAUCAUAAAUACAAUUAGAUGGAGGGAACAAUUCGAAGCUCUGCGAACUAUGUGCCGCUUACCCCAAUCAGCUUCCUGGAGCGGUCAGCUGUGGUGUACAGAGAUGAUGUCUCCAUAGUCAACGGCUCUCUCCAGUUUACAUGGAAACAGACCCGCGAGAGGUGUCUCACCCUCGCCUCCGCUCUCUCCCUCAUCGGAAUCUGCCGCCACGACGUCGUUGCAGCCAUGGCUCCAAAUAUUCUUGCAAUGUAUGAGCUACACUUUGGAGUUCCCAUGGCCGGGGCUGUCCUUUGCACACUCAAUACACGUCAUGACUCAGCCAUGGUGGCAGUUCUGCUCAAGCAUUCAGCGGCCAAGCUCAUCUUUGUAGAUACCCAAUUCCUUGAUAUUGCUAAGGGAGCCCUUGAGAUUCUAUCAAGGUCAAACACCAACUUGCCUUCCAUAAUUAUUAUGCAAGAUCAUGACCAAGCAAUCCCAUCCACCCAAUCGGGGUGUUGGAAUUAUGAGUCCUUUUUAGAAAGUGGAAGAACUGAUUUUGAGAUAAUAUGGCCAAACGACGAAUGUGACCCGAUAUCACUCAAUUACACUUCGGGCACGACUUCUAGGCCUAAAGGAGUUAUUUAUAGCCACAGGGGAGCCUAUCUGAACUCUCUAGCCGCCGUUCUUCUCAACAACAUGACAUCAAUGCCAGUCUACUUAUGGGUAGUUCCCAUGUUCCACUGCAACGGGUGGUGUCUCACAUGGGGGGUAGCUGCACAAGGCGGCACAAAUAUUUGUUUGAGGAGUGUCACCGCAAAGAGUAUAUUUGACUCCGUUUCCAACCACCGCGUCACCCACAUGGGCGGUGCACCAACCGUUUUAAACACGUUAGUAAACGCACCACAUAGCGUGAAGAGGCGGUCUCGUGCGAAGGUUGUGGUAAUGACAGGAGGUGCACCGCCACCUCCUCACGUCCUCUUUGAGAUGGACGCUCUUGGAUUUGAAGUCAUCCAUUCAUACGGUUUGACCGAAACAUAUGGUCCAGGGACCGUAUGCUCAUGGAAACCCGAGUGGGAUUCUUUACCGCCCGAUUCACGGGCCAAACUCAAAGCUCGUCAAGGGUUGAACCAUGUUGGGAUGGAAGAGGUAGACGUCAAAGACCCUUUGACUAUGAAAAGCGUAUCGUCAGAUAGUAAAACCCUUGGGGAAGUGAUGUUCAGAGGUAACACGGUGAUGAGUGGGUAUUUGAAAGAUAUCAAAGCUACAGAAGAGGCUUUUAAAGGCGGUUGGUUUAGAAGUGGGGACUUGGGAGUGAAACACGCGGAUGGGUAUAUAGAAUUGAAGGACCGGUCAAAAGACAUCAUUAUUUCGGGGGGAGAAAACAUCAGUACGAUCGAGGUUGAGUCUGUGAUCUUUAGCCAUCCGGCUGUUCUUGAGGCGGCUGUUGUAGGGAGACCAGAUGAUCACUGGGGUGAGGUACCUUGCGCUUUCGUGAAGCUUAAGGAUGGGAUUAGUAAUGUGACCAGUGAUGACAUCAUCAACUACUGUCGGGGUCGUCUCCCUCACUACAUGGCUCCACGGUGGGUGGUUUUUGAUGAUCUGCCCAAGACUUCGACUGGGAAGACGCAGAAGUUUAUUCUCAGACAAAGGGUCAAAGCUAUGGGGUACCAUUCAAAGGGUAGUAAGUUAUGAGGUAUUGUAACAUAAGAAGUGUUUGUGAUUACUUUGUUUGAAGUGUAACAGUUUGUACAAAUGUAUAUGUAACUCAUUCACUCACCCCAUUUUUCAAUUGGAAUUUUAUCUACAAGAGAGCGGAGAGCCAAAUAAAUCAUCUUCUCCGUUCCCCUAAUAUAUUGGUCUUAAAAGCGUGGAUGGUGUGGGGGAUUUUGGUCCCUAAUUAAGUUGUAUCAUAAUUGGCUUUUGCGUUGUUAGUGAUUGCACUUACUCAGCUACACAUAUACGGAGUAUGUCGUAAUGUAGGUGUAGGAUUUUUGGCCCCUCAGAUUUGUCUCCAUAAUGAUAAGUGAAAAUGUUAGCA